UACGUAAAUAUGUAAUAAAUUUACGAUAAAUUUAUUACGGACUAUAUUCGAUGGCGUAAUUUUACAAAUUUUGCUGACACGCAUCAAGAUACUUGACUCUUGAAAUCGUAAAAACAUAUUGAAAAAAAAUGAGAUCAAAGUUGGUUUUAAGAAUUCAGUUCGUCUUUUACAACGCUCCAACGAUGAUGAAUCGUUUUCGAUCGAUCUUUUGUUUCACAUUUUUCAUAUUAAUUUUAUUAAGAGUGAAAGGAGGAUACCAGAUGUUUAAUAAAAACAAACAUUUACCACCGAAGAUAUCCAGUAAACUCGACGACUAUUGGCGGGCUUACAAGGCACAAUUCAACAAGACUUACAGCGGAAAUCUCGACAAUACGAGACGCAUCAAGUGGGAGCAAAAUCUCGUGAAAAUUUACGAACACAAUUUAAUGGCCGCAGCGGGACACCAUGGUUACACGUUACGAGACAACCAUAUAGCAGAUCUAAGCACUCAACAAUACGUUCGAAAAAUGAUAAAACUAAUGCCAAGUAGAAGGCGUCGUUUGCCCGACGACGAGAUGGUCUCUUUGGCCUUGCAAGAUCCUAAACUCGUACCGUCUCAUUUGGAUUGGCGUGAACUAGGCUUUGUGACGAAGCCAGUGAAUCAAAUGAAAUGUGGAAGCUGUUAUGCAUAUUCAAUAGCUGGCACGAUAGAGGCCCAGUUAUUUAAACAGACUGGCAAGCUAAUACCAUUGAGUGAACAGCAAUUGGUUGAUUGCAGUACGAUAACUGGGAAUAUUGGUUGCAAUGGUGGUUCCCUCAGGAAUACCCUGAGAUACCUUGAGAAAUCGAAAGGACUCAUGCCGCAAAACAUGUAUCCUUACAAAGGGAAACAAGGUCAAUGUAAUUUCAUAAAGGAUCACAGUGUCGUUAAUAUAACUUCAUGGGCAGUUUUACCAGCACGUGAUGAAAAAGCAUUGGAAGUAGCUAUUGCGACAAUUGGUCCUGUAGCGGCAUCAAUAAAUGCGAACCCGAAGACCUUCCAGCUCUAUCAUCAAGGUGUUUACGAUGACGUUGCAUGUACCUCCGACAUAGUAAAUCAUGCCAUACUAAUCAUUGGAUAUACACCAACCGAAUGGAUUUUGAAGAAUUGGUGGGGUGAACAUUGGGGCGAGGGUGGUUACAUGCGAUUGGCAAGACAUAAAAAUCGUUGCGGUAUUGCAAAUUAUGCGGCUUAUGCAAAAAUUUAAUAACACCUACAAUUGUAAAAAACAUCUACUUAUUACCUAUCUUUAAUAUCAAUUAAAAGAUUCCAUUUUUCUUCUUCUUCUUCUUCUUCUUUUUUUUCCAUUUUCUUUUUCUUUUCUUUUCUUUUUUAAUAUAUAUUUAACGAUACAACUGAGAAAUUUAUCAUUAUCAAUAUAUCACGUGAUAAAACGUUUAAAUAUUUUGAACGAUCUAAUCGUGCAACAUGUGUAUUAUAUUUGUUUAGUAAACAAAGUGAGGAACUUAAGAGGGAAUAAACUAAUGAUAUAUUAAAUUAUGUGUUUUAUGCAAUAAAAAUGAGGAAUUUCUAGAAAUAAUAAAUAACACUUUGAAAGAAGAUUGCUGUUCAGAGAGUUGGAAAAAUAUCAACGAUAAUACCGAUUCUAAAAGAUAGUAAAAGCAAAAAAAAAA